AUUUUCGUUUAUUGCGCGCUUUCGCGAUAAUCUGACGGUUUUUAAAGCUGCUCUCGAGGAACCCGCGCCUUAGAAUACCUUUAGAAAUGCACGGAAUCAGUGUACUGGCUGUGAGCUUGUGUCUAGCCGUGGCUGCGGCGAGCCCAAGUUGGCGACAACGCAUUACCGGAGGCCAGAACGCCGGUGAGGGACAGUUUCCCUACCAGGUAUCGCUGCGGGAUCAGCAGAUGGUUCACUUCUGCGGUGGAGCAAUUCUGAAUAAUCGAUGGAUCAUUACGGGAGCUAAGUGCGUUAACGGAAUGGAUCCGGCCAACGUGUUGGUUUGGACGGGCAGCCAAAGUCUAACGCGAGGUGGAACCAACCACCAGGCUGACAGAAUCAUCAUCCAUCCGAACUUCAACUAUCUGGCAAAUGACGUGGCAGUUGUUCGAGUUCGAACACCAAUAGUUCUUGCCUCCGAUACGUUCGCUCUUCAGAUGGCCAACUAUCGCUUAGACACGGCUCUCGGAGCUGUACUUUCCGGCUGGGGUCGACGAUCGAUGGGCAGCCCUGCCUUCCCGGACUGGUUGCAGUACCUGUCGGUCACAAUAAUUUCCCAGGAGGAGUGCAGAGAUCACUUCAAUGACGAAUUGAUACCGGAUGUUGUGAUGUGCUCUGCAUACCCAGCGGGUCAGAGUGCCUGUGUGGGAGAUGCUGGUUCUCCGUUGGUGUACAAUGGAGAACUGCAUGGUAUUGUGUCUUGGGGAAUGUCCUGUGGUGGUCUCCAUCCAGACGUGUUCACUCGAGUAUCCAAUCAAAGAGCGUGGGUUCUAGCGCACACCAUGCAAUAGAACCUUAGGUUUUGUCAACAAUAACUGGUUAAUAAAAAUUACUUUUUGUUUUGGAAA